UUAAAACUAGGAUCCGGCGUUUAGAGCCGCUGACAAAUGUGACGCGAUCCGAGACGCGCCAUAUCCUCUCGUCGCGCGCUGGCUCAUCCGAGUUAAUUGUCGGUCGCAAUUAAGAGCCGUGUUUUAUUGAACACGAGCUCGCGUGAGCGGGAUCAUGGGAAAGGGUUAUAUCGUCGUUCAGCCCGAAAAACAUAACGCCGCGUAAAUCACGCUGUUAAUUAGGCCGUCGCGAACGACGACAACGGAUCAUGAUCUCGUCUCCUCGUUUUCGCCUUGAAGAUCCACGAUGAUCCCUCUCCUCCGCUUAUACGCGCGGACCUAAGAUGAUGGCGAUGGCGUGAUGGUGAUCGCAGCUGGUGGUGAACGGACGCGCGGAGAGAAAAUGCUAAGAGAUAAAUGGGACAAUUAUGGAAUACCGGACAGGCGCAAGGGGAGCGUUCAACCUUUCCAGGAAGGAAAGUCGCCGCAUUGUGUGCCUCCGAGAUUCGUAUCGAGAUUCCGGAGUCAUCCUCCCCGGACGCGAUUCCAAUCAUCCAGAUGAAGCAAGUACUUGAAAUUGAGGAAAGCGUGAGCAAAGAGCAAGAAGACAUUGCACGCUCUUGGUACCGAAAAUCGCAUAAUCAUUACCAGCCAGCGGAACAAAUUACAAGAGAUUACAAAAAGCCUUUCGAUAAAUUUGAUAUAUUUGGUAAACCCACGAAAAAAUUAGAAUCACGGAUCAGAAGAAUUCUCACGUGGAUCAAUCACGAGCCAAUUACUUUAGUCGAUCGUCAACAAGCAGAUUUCACGAAACGCACUAGAUCAAUCGUUGGACGAAUCAAGUAAUCUCCUUGAAACAAUAAUCGCGCAUUACAUAUAUAUACUUUAUGAUGACAUGCAUUGAAAAAAUCUUAUCAAUCUCUUACAUAACAAAUUCCUUUCAUGCCCUUAUGUGAAUGAAUAAAUAAAAAAAUGUUGUUGAAAUUUAUAACUUUAUAAAUUUAAAACAGAGAAUAUUUUUAAUUAGCUAUUUCAUAUGAAUUUAUAUCUUUCUGUCUAUCUAUAAAAUGAUGCGGUUAGA